AUUUUGAAAGUUUUUGAACGGAAACGCUUGUUAUUCAGAGCUCCACUUUAGUGCACAGUCUAGACAUCGUUUAUUCCUUCAUAUCAUUUAAAGACACGUAUUGUGUGUUUACCUAAAUACAUUUGGGACUAUUUUUAAGACUUUACCCAUGUAAACCUUUCAAAAUGGGUAAAAAAGAUAAAGGAGAUCGAGAGAAGAAGUUCAAAAGACGCUACUAUGAGGAAGAUGACGAUGAAGAGGUGACAGUCGGGGAGUCUCAGGAAGCUGUACCUGCUGCUGCAGGGAAGCAGGUGGAUGAAUCUGGCACAAAACUGGAUGAGUAUGGAGCCAAAGACUACCGCGCACAGAUGCAGUUGAAGAAUGACCACAACUCCCGUCCUCUCUGGGUGGCUCCAGAUGGACACAUCUUUCUGGAAGCGUUCUCACCAGUAUAUAAGUAUGCCCAGGAUUUCUUAGUGGCUAUUGCAGAGCCAGUGUGCAGGCCUAACCACAUCCAUGAGUACAAGCUGACUGCAUACUCCUUAUAUGCAGCAGUCAGUGUGGGGCUGCAGACCACUGAUAUUAUAGAGUACCUGCAGAAGCUCAGUAAAACAUCUGUACCUGAUGGAAUCAUCAAGUUCAUUGAGCUUUGCACUGUGAGCUAUGGGAAAGUUAAGCUUGUGCUCAAACACAAUAGGUAUUUUGUAGAGAGCACCUUCCCUGAUGUGAUUCAGCGUCUCCUGCAGGAUAACGUGAUCCGUGAAUGUCGUCUUCGCUCUGCAGAUGGAGCAGACCCUGAGCUUAUUACUGAAGUUGUCCACAGCAAAUCAGCAAUUUCUAAGUUUGUUCAAGAAAAAGGAGACCCAUCCACCUCACAGCAGCCUGUUGAUGGACAGACCUCAAACCAGCAGGUCCCUGAGGACAUCUUCAGCUACUAUGAACAGAUGGAUAAGGAUGAAGAGGAGGAGGAGGAGACUCAGACAGUGUCCUUUGAAGUUCGACAGGAGAUGAUUGAAGAGCUACAGAAGCGUUGUAUCCAGCUGGAGUACCCCCUCCUAGCGGAGUAUGACUUCCGAAAUGACACAGUUAACCCAGACAUCAACAUAGACCUGAAGCCCACUGCCGUGCUGCGGCCCUACCAGGAGAAGAGUCUGCGCAAGAUGUUUGGAAACGGGCGAGCCCGAUCAGGAGUCAUUGUGCUACCCUGUGGUGCUGGGAAGUCUCUGGUUGGCGUGACAGCGGCGUGCACCGUGCGUAAGCGCUGCCUGGUGCUGGGUAACUCGUCUGUAUCUGUGGAGCAGUGGAAGGCCCAGUUCAAGAUGUGGUCCACCAUCGACGACUCUCAGAUCUGCCGCUUCACCUCCGACGCCAAGGACAAGCCCAUUGGCUGCUCGGUGGCCAUCAGCACCUACUCUAUGCUGGGUCACACCACCAAGCGAUCAUGGGAGGCUGAAAAGGUCAUGGAGUGGAUGCGGGGCCAGGAGUGGGGGCUUAUGAUCCUGGAUGAGGUGCACACCAUCCCUGCAAAAAUGUUCCGACGUGUUCUGACCAUUGUCCAGGCCCACUGCAAACUGGGCCUUACUGCCACACUGGUCAGGGAAGAUGACAAGAUUGUGGACCUCAACUUCCUCAUUGGGCCCAAGCUGUAUGAAGCCAACUGGAUGGAGCUGCAGAACAAUGGUUAUAUUGCCAAAGUUCAGUGUGCAGAGGUGUGGUGCCCCAUGUCUCCAGAGUUUUACAGAGAGUAUGUGGCCAUUAAAACAAAAAAGCGCAUUCUGCUUUACACAAUGAACCCCAACAAGUUCCGGGCUUGCCAGUUCCUCAUUCGCUUCCACGAGCGGCGCAACGACAAGAUCAUCGUCUUUGCCGACAACGUGUUUGCCUUGAAGGAGUACGCCGUUCGGCUCAACAAGCCUUACAUCUAUGGCCCCACCUCUCAGGGAGAGCGUAUGCAGAUUUUGCAGAAUUUCAAACACAACCCAAAGAUCAACACCAUAUUCAUCUCCAAGGUUGGAGACACUUCUUUUGACUUGCCAGAAGCCAACGUUCUGAUACAGAUUUCUUCCCACGGUGGAUCACGCCGACAGGAGGCCCAGCGACUCGGAAGAGUCUUAAGAGCAAAGAAAGGAAUGGUAGCAGAGGAGUACAACGCUUACUUCUAUUCUCUGGUGUCCCAGGACACCCAGGAGAUGGCUUACUCCACGAAGAGGCAGAGGUUCCUUGUGGAUCAGGGAUACAGCUUUAAGAUUAUCACAAAGUUAGCAGGUAUGGAGGAGGAAGACCUGAUGUUCUCCAGCAGAGACGAGCAGCAACAGCUGCUUCAGAAGGUCCUCGCUGCCUCGGACCUCGAUGCCGAAGAGGAGGUGGUGGUGGGAGAAUUGGGUGCACGGCCACAGGUUUCAAGGCGAGCAGGAACCAUGAGCUCCAUGUCUGGUGCAGACGACACCAUCUACAUGGAGUAUCAAAGCCGGGGCAGCAAGGCUUCAGCAGCAAGCAAGAGUGUUCACCCACUGUUCAAACGCUUCAGGAAGUAGAUCUAAUUCCUCCUCAGACUUCAAGAACCGCUUUAUCACCAGUAUUUCUUCAUAAAGAUGAAAAAACUGGACUGGGUUUUCUAUUUGAGUGAGAAAGCAGUUUAUUAUUUAUGAUAAAUAUUGGAAUUUCUUCAUAGUUUUAUAAAUUUAAUUUGUAUGUCCAUUAAUUUGCUCCUAAAACUGUUUAUUUUAAUAGUAUGUUAUAGAAGAUUUCUCUUUGAAAUGUUACUAAAUCUAUUUUGUAGAAUAAAUUGUAAAAUGUAAAAAAG